AUGGGUUCGCCCCUUGCCAGCCAGCAGGGGAUUGAGGCAGCCGGGGCAUCGUGGCGGAGUUCGCCAAAAGGUAGCUGGGUCAGGGAGAACCACGAGGCUUUCGGCGAUCAUGUUCAAGUUUGCCGUCUUAGUGGGCAGACGGCAUGUCUUGCUGCAGAUGGUUCUACCCGCAUUGGUGAUUUGACAAGGGCGGCUGAGGACAAGUUCCACACAACAUUUCUGAAGCUGCUGCACGACUCUCGAACGCUGGAUAUGUCGAAGACCGUGGCAGAGGAACACUUGCCGUGCGGUGCGAUGCUCACAGCUGUGGCCGAGACAAGUAUACAGGUGUCGGGCGCAGGUGGUGUGGGCAGCAGCGUCAACGGCAUCUACAAGUGCACGGGUUCUUUGAACGGACGUCGCAAGUACCACCAGGUGGGCGGAUCUGCCAUCAUCUACUUCAACACAAACUGGAAGAUCAACUACCAUGAUGACAUUGGCGGAUGGUACUACUCGCACCCGGACGCCUUGGAGACCCCGCCAAAUGGCAGAUGGACAACACAGGGUUACGGCAAUGGUGAUGCCGACCCUUGCCCACGGGUCACCAACUGUCUGGAACAUGUUCGGAUUGGCAUUGUCGGUGGCCGAACGGUAUCUUUUCCAGCAGGUUGUUCUACACUCAUUGGUGAUCUCCACAAGGCGGCUGAGGAGGAGCUCGAAACACCAGGUCUGAAGCUACUGCACGGGCAACGAACCCUGGACCCAUCGAAGACCUUGGCAGACGAGAACUUGCCAUCUUCCACAAUGCUCACAGCUGUGACCGAUGAAGAGGCUGUGGUACAUCUUCAAGUGUCUGGUGCAGGUGGUGUGGGCAGCAGUGUCAACGGCAUCUACAAGUGCAGAGGCUGGUUGAACGGACGACGCCAGUACCGCCAGGUGGGCGGAUCUGCCAUCAUCUACUUCAAGGACAAGUGGAAGAUCAACAACCGCGACGACACGGGCGGAUGGUACUACUUGCACCCGGACUCCUUGGAGACCCCGCCAAACGGCAUGUGGACAACGCAAGGCUACGCCCAUGAUGAUGCCAAUCCUUGCCCACGGGUCACCAACUGUCUGGAACAUGUUCGGAUUGGCAUUGUCGGUGGCCGAACGGUAUCUCUUCCAGCAGAUUGUUCUACCCUCAUUGGUGAUCUCAACAAGGCGGCUGAGGAGGAGCUCGAAACACCCGGUCUGAAACUACUUCACGGCCAACGAACCCUGGACCCAUCGAAGACCUUGGCGGAGGAGAACUUGCCAUCUUCCACAAUGCUCACAGCUGUGACCGAUGAAGAGGCUGUGCUACAUCUUCACGUCUCCGGUGCUGGUGGUGUGGGCAGCAGUGUCAACGGCAUCUACAAGUGCAGAGGCUGGUUGAACGGACGACGCCAGUACCGCCAGGUAGGCGGAUCUGCCAUCAUCUACUUCGAGGACACAUGGAAGAUGAACCGCCGGGACGACACUGGCGGAUGGUACUACUUGCACCCAGACGAGUCCUUGGAGACUCCACCAAACGGCACCUGGACAGGGCAGAGAUGUGCAGAUGGCGAUGCAGAGCCUUGCCCACGGGUCGCCAGCUGCCUGGACCGUGUUCAAAUUUGCCUGGCCGGUAGCUGGACCAUUUCUCUUCCAGCAGAUUCUUCCAUCCGCGUCGGUGAUCUGAAGAAGGCGGCCGAGGAUAAGCUCGACACGCCCGGCCUGAAGCUAUUGUACGGGCAACGAACGCUGGACCCAUCCAAGACCUUGGCUCAGGAGAACUUGCCAUCUUCCGCGCUUCUCACAGCUGUGCCCGAUAUGGCUGAACAGGCGGCCCACAGCUGCAAACGGCUGGCCAGUGAAGCCGGAAGCAGCUCUGUGCGCGCUGGGCUUGCGGAAGCUGGGGCAUUGGAGGCUACCGUGGAGAAGAUGACAAGACAUCCCAGCAGCGCAGAGGUGCAAGAACACGGCAGCUGGGCCCUCGCAAGAGUGUGCCUUGGCACUGAUCAGGAAGGGCUGGGGAGGCAGCAGCGUGCCGCCGAUGCCGGGGCCCUCAAUAGGGUCGUUCUUGCCAUGCAGCAGCACCAUGACAGGGUGGAGGUGCAAGACAGAGGCAGCCUGGCCAUCGGAAACAUCUGCUUCGGCGACAAAAACGGCGAUGACGCAGCCGAGAGGAAGCAGCUCGCUGUGUGCAGUGGUGCCCUCGAAGUGUUGGUGAAGGCUAUGUCGGCGCACAGCAGCAACAAGCGGUUGCAAGACAAUGCCAGCUACGCGGCGGGUGUGCUGUGCGCGGGCUCUGACGCCGAGAGAUGCUGGCGGCAGCAGCGCGCCACGAAUGCUGGGUUGCUGGAAGUGUUGGUGGCCGCGAUGCAGAGCCACCCAAACAAUGACAAAGUGCAGGGCAAUUGCAUCCGUGCCCUGCGACGCUGCUGCUGGGCAGCUGGGACCUGGCGAUUGCAGCAGCUGGCCAAGCCCCUGAAGGAGAUGUUGCGCCAAGUCAAGCACGCCAACCGCGACGUGCAGCAGGACGCAGAGGCUCUCCUUGCAACGCUGGCUGACGCGGAGGAGCGUUUGCGGCAUCGUCAAACGCACUUGGUCACCCUGGACAUCGGAGACAUCUGCUUCGGCGAUACACACGGCCAUGACGCGGCCGAGAAGAAGCUGCUGAAGAAGCAGCUGGCUGUCGGCAGCAGUGCCCUCGAAGCGUUGGUGACGGCUCUGUUACCACACUUCAGCAACAAGCGGUUGCAAGACAAUGCCAGCUGCGCGCCAGAUGCCGAGAACAGUGAGAGCGCCAGGCGGCAGGUGCGAUGCGUCGCGUUGGGCCCCGGACAAGUUGCGGACAAGGUGAAAGAUCCCGACACAGAGCUGCAGAAGUUGAGGGCAGUCUUUGAGCAGCGAGGGAUGACCUGGGAAGAGGACAUGAAGACCCGGAAGGAGAGGUUCAUUGCAAUUGCAAUGCACGCAAGAAAUGGCGACAUCUACUCAAACGUGAAAAAGGCUCUGUACGAAGACGAUGCGAAGCUGCUACAGGAGUAUGCUGAAUUCAAAGCCCAGCGAUCGCCGAGGCACCGGGGUGGAGCCGUGCCAACAGCCGCAGUUCUCAGCAAAACUCAUGGUGAUUGGACCAUGAUGGAGUAUGCUGCGCAAGUGGGCAUCUCAAUCCAGGCCUUAGCGAAGAUCGCAGGAACUGCGAUCUCAUUCAUCGGCAUCGGAUGCUCGAGCUACGAAGACUUGCGCGAUGAGGUCCUCGCCGUGGAAUGCUUCGUGAACGCUUUAGUGAACACGCGGACUCCAUGCAGUUUUGGCCGCGGCCUUGAGCAGCACAGAAGGUUGCUUCUUGGUGCCAGGUUACAAGCUCCUGAAGGCCUAGUGGUUGAUCUCUGCUGUGUAGAGCAAGCCACCGCUACUUCUAAGCCUACUGUCACUACUGUCACUGACCGCAUCGGCAAGAAACCGCUCAAUACUGCAAGCUGGGACAGCGUGGACCUGCUAGGCAGGCGAAGAGAGCCAAUCUGCAUGCUGUUUUUGAUCCGGGUCCGACGCAGCCCAUGUACAAUGGCUGACUUACCAAGCCUAACUUAG